AGUCUGCCGCAAAGCUCAUAACAACAAGAAGAAGGAGAAACGCGUUGGUGUUCUCCUGCGGUGUUUGUGUCACCGGGGCUUCCGUAGACAGAAGGCGCGCGUUACGCUGAUCUGAUCAGAAGGCGAGCGCACUGUCACCGGCGUCUUUCCGCGGCUCACGCGUGUUUGUGAAGUCUGUGUGCUGUGCUGUGUGCAGGAUGUGUUCUCUCGGUGUGUUCCCGGCGCCGGUAACGGCUGCACAGACGCUAUUCGAGCGCAACAACGAGCUUCUGUCCGCGCUUCACCCCGGAGAACACUCACAGGCGUGUGAUCUGCCCAGUCCUCAGUUCACCAGAGACACUCUGAAGGGUCACAGUCGCCCGGAGAGCAGCAGCAGGUCAGUGUUCCUGGACCAGAGGGACACGCUGUGGAUGAGGAGCGCCGGAGCCUGGCGUGACGCGGGUCUGUACGGUCUGUUGGAUGAGAUCACUAACAGCGCAGAGGAAGUGCCCAGGUUCCUGGCCGUCGGCUCCGCCUGCGUCUUGGCUCUGCUCAGAUGGGCUUCUUCAUUCCACGGCUCUCUGUUUCCACAUCUGACUCUGAGCAGUGACGAGAUGGUGGCAGAGUUUUCACAGAUGCUGGAUUGGUCUGACAGCGCUCUGAGGAGCUUCGCCUGGCAUCCUCACACUGAUAAGUUUGCUGUAGCUCUGCUGGACGACUCCAUCAAGAUUUACAAAUCUAACAGCUCUCCGACGCCGACGCUGAAGCACCGCUGCCAGAGGUCUGUGUGCGCUCUGCAGUGGAAGCCUCUGUGUGGCUCUGCUCUGGCCGUGGCCUGUCAGUCCUGUCUGCUCAUCUGGCACGUGGACCCCGCCUCUCUCUCCACCAGGCCGUCGUCUGGCUGUGCGCAGGUCUUGUCUCAUCCGGGUCAUUCUCCCAUCACCUCCAUCGCUUGGUCCCCCACCGGCUCCCUGCUUGUGUCUGCGUCUCCUGUCGACACAUCCAUGAUGGUGUGGGAUGUGGCAGCAGAGAGCGCUGUGCCGCUGCAGCGGGUGGGUGGAGGUGGCGUCACCUAUCUCUCAUGGUCUCCAGACGGCAGUCGACUGCUGGCAGCUACUCCAUCAGCUCUUUUUAGGGUUUGGGAGACACGCAUGUGGACGUGUGAGAGAUGGCCGUGUCUGAAAGGCAGUUGUCAGUCGGCCUGCUGGAGUCCUGACGGUGGCUGUCUGCUGUUGAGUAUGCAGGGAGAGAGGGUCAUAUAUGCGCUCACCUUCUCCGAUCUCACAGGUGGACCUAAAGCCGCCAGCGUGGUGGCUGACCUCUCGGAGACCACCUUCCCUGGACCUGAUGGAGACCUCACUGUCGGGGGAGAGGUGUGCUCUCUUUCAUGGGAUCCUAGAGGCGAAAGACUCGCCGUGCUUCUGAAAGGUGAUUCACAGGCGGAUAACCACCCUUCAGUCAUAGCCGUCUUCAAAACACGCUCCAGUCCUGUCUUUGAGUUGCUGCCGUGUGGUUUUGUGAUGGGAGAGGCUGGAGCAGAGCCUAGAUUCAUGCAGUUCCAUCCGCACUUCCAGCACGGCGCUCUGCUGACUGUGUGCUGGUCUGACGGGCGCAUCUCUCACGUGCCGUUUUACUUCAGCAGCGCUGGGCUUUUAGGAGGAGACUCGCCGCAGCAAGCCCUCGCCAGCAACACCACAAAUCCUUCCUCAAACAAACUGUACACGGAACAAAUUUCCUAAACACCUUCACUUCCCUCAACCACUGACAUUAACUGUACAGAGCUUCACCUGUCAGCUCUCGUUCUGCUGUCAUAAACCUUUUUUACAGCAUAAUGUGUGGCUUGUAUACUUGAAGCUAAACAAAGUCUUUGCAUUAUUUGGAUUUUCAUAUAGAGUGGAGUGAUGUUUUGCAGUGAUGCUUGCAUUUUUCCAAAGCAGCACAUGUGAUGCUAAUUUGAAACAUUUAGGACUUUAGCGGUGAUAUUAAAUAAUUAAUAAAGAGAUAUGAGGAGACAUUUACAAGCAAAAUUAAUUUGAAUACAAAAAGUACAUUAGGUUUUUAAAUGUUUCUACUUCAGGCAAUAUAUUUUAAAAGCUGAAUUAAAUGCAAGAUACAGUUUGAGUAACUGAAAUACCAAUAAUAAAUGUAAAAAAUCAAUAGUAGAAAUGUUUGAUAUUUUUUUUUCUUUCUUUUUUUUUUUUUGACCAAGCACAGCAGGACUCUUAUUUUAAAAUUGCAGCUGCUCAUUCAAGCAGAAAAGAGAGGAAAAAACUUAUACACUCUAAAAUGCAUCUAACACAUAUAACAAUAUAAACACCAUAAAGUAAACUGUCAUAAUUCAUCUCAGUAGAUCAUAAGCAAUCAUUUAGUAUAAAUGUGUGGUAUUCAAUGUAUUAACCACGCUUAAAGGAAUAUUUUUAAACCUAAAUGCAGUCAUUUUUAAAUUUUCUGAUAUAUUUUUGGAUCUGAACUGUCGCACAUUUGCUGCUGUUUGCAAAUAAAUAAAUGAAAUACGUUCACAAAA